UCAUCAGCGCUAAUUACCCCCUCCUCCCUCCCUUCCCUCCGACCUUCCGGGCAUCGCGAUGAACGGGGAGCACCCGUGGAUGUCCACCUACAAGCGGGCUACGCUGGACGACGAAGACCCCCUGGAUUCCAUCAGCGAAGGCGAUGGGUACCCCAACGGGUUCCAGGUGAAUUUCUCCAGGAGCAGCACGGGGUGCUGGGCCCAGCGCACACGCCCCGAGAAGCAGCUGGUGGCUGUGGUGGCUCUCCUGGCAGCCGUGCUGGGAGCGUGUCUGCUGGGGCUCAUCCUGCAGUACCGAGCCCGGCCGUCUGCCGUGUGCUUGUCAGAGGCCUGCAUCUCUGUCACCAGCUCCAUCCUCAGCUCCCUGGACCGCACGGUGAACCCCUGCGAGGACUUCUUCAGCUAUGCCUGCGGCGGUUGGGUCAAAGCCAACCCCCUCCCUGAUGGCCACUCACGCUGGGGCACCUUCAACAACCUCUGGGAGCACAACCAGGCUGUCAUGAAGCACCUGCUGGAGAACACCACGGCCAACGUGUCGAGCGAGGCAGAGCGCAAGGCGCAGCGCUACUACCAGGCCUGCAUGAACGAGAGCAAGAUCGAGGAGCUGCGCGCCGCCCCGCUGAUGGAGCUCAUCGCCAAGCUGGGAGGAUGGAACAUCACCGGGCCCUGGGCCGGGGGGGACAACUUCAACGCGACGCUGCGGGAGGUGACGGCGCAUUACCGCAUCUCACCCUUCUUCUCCGUCUACGUCAGCGCCGACUCCAAGAACUCCAACAGCAACGUCAUCCAGGUGGACCAGUCGGGGCUGGGGCUGCCGUCACGGGACUACUACCUGAACAAGACAGAGAAUGAGAAGGUGCUGGCUGGGUACCUGAACUACAUGGUGCAGCUGGGCAUGUUUCUGGGCGGCACCGACGAAGAGUCAACACGGCAACAAAUGCAGCAGAUCUUGGAGUUUGAGACAGCACUGGCCAACAUCACCAUCCCACAGGAGAAACAUCGGGAUGAGGAGGUCAUCUACCACAAGAUGACAGCUGGAGAGCUGAAGGAUCUGGCACCGGCUGUAGACUGGAUGCCCUUCCUCUCCACGGUCUUCUAUCCUGUGGAACUCAAUGAGUCAGAGCCCGUCGUGGUCUAUGCCAAGGAGUACCUGGAGCAGGUCUCCGAUCUCAUCCUGGCCACUGAUAAAUGCCUCCUCAACAACUACAUGAUCUGGAACCUGGUGCGUAAAACCAGCCCCUUCCUUGACCAGCGCUUCCAGGAUGCUGAGGAGAAGUUCAUGGAAGUGAUGUAUGGGACGAAGAAGACCUGCCUGCCGCGCUGGAAGUUCUGCAUCAGCGACACAGACAACAACCUGGGCUUUGCCUUGGGGGCCAUGUUUGUCAAGGCUACCUUCGCCGAGGACAGCAAGCAGGUGGCAGAGGAAAUGAUUGCAGAGAUUAAAACAGCCUUCGAGGAAAGCCUGGAGACCCUGCAGUGGAUGGACGAGGAGACGAGGAAGUCGGCCAAAGAGAAGGCGGAUGCCAUCUACAACAUGAUCGGCUACCCAAAGUUCAUCCUGGACCCCAAGGAGCUGGACAAAGUCUUUAACGAUGUGAGUUGCUCAGAUAGAUGAUGUCCCCUGGGUCUCCUG